CGGCCGCGAAGUAUUCUUCCGGGCUUCCCUGGGCGGCCGAGGGGCCUCGGCCUGUCUCCCCCGGGGUUGCUGUUCUCUCAGAAGCAGGCUGGAGGACGGGCUGCGCGUGGCGCCCGAGGAGGGGCCUGGGGGCGUGGCCGUAGCGCCCCGCUGAGCAGGUCCGCGCUCCCCUUCCGAUAUUUCGGCGUUAGAAAGUGGCUUUUGUGGGCGAUCGUUCAUGUGAGGGCAUGCGUAUCAAGGUAAUUUAGCCUUGAUGCAGCCCAGCAUGCGACGCAAAAUAGAGUGGGACAGCUUCGCUGUAAGCUCGCCUGCGAAACUCUGCAGGCUGACCGAAGCGCCGCCUCAGCCUCCCCUCGCGAGCCCCGGGGGCGACGAGGCUGCCGCGGGGGGGGAGACCCGCGUCUUCUCCCCCGCGUCGUCGUGCAGGGAGUUCUCCCGAACUUCAUUCGCUGCAGGGGAUUCUUCCUCGGACGAAUUUGCAGCAGACGAUGGCAUCGGCAGUGGGGCCAAGGAAGGCCAAGACCAUCCUGUUCUCAGCAAAAGCUUUCUUGUAAAGCCCACCGCCUCUGAUAUGUCUAUGAAAAAUGUGGCAGCAUCCUCUCGGGAGUCUGUGAAACAGAAGAUCAAGCAAGAAGAUUGCAGUGAUACAGGAACAAACAUUGCACCAAAUCCCGAAAGAAAAAGUGUUUUAAAAGAAAGGUGGGCUGAAUGUGGUCGGAAAAGAAUAAAAGACCAAGAUCAGGACCAGGGAUCUCGACUAAUAUAUCGUAAAGCUCUGCUGGGUAUAUUUGGGGGAGAACUUCAAGCUCGAAGAAAAACUGCAUCUAUAAAUGGAAUUCAUAAAGAAAGCCCUUGCAGAAAAGAGGAAAUUGGAUCAGUUAACAAUCUGAGACAACUUUCAGUAGUAUCAAAAAUUACAGAGCAACAAACUGGAAACAAUUUACAUUGCUUGAAAACUACACCAAAGGAACAUAUUAAUAUUUCUGUCAAGCAAGACAGUAAAGAGUCAUGUUGGUCAGAUGGCAAUUCAAGACAUGUAUCUGUAAUCUCAAGUUCAGGAGAAAAAGAACAGGAGUCCAACAUUCAGAAGGUUUCUUUGAAAUCAGAAAAUAACAACUCUAGGCACACUAUAAAAGCAGUUUCUUGGCCUCAGCCUAAUUUACAACAGAGUUCUGCAGUACUGGGAUUUGAAAAAAAAUCAGAAUUUCAACAGGAUACCAACUUUGAAAAAGCUACUACAAAAAAGGAACAUAAAACUUUGAAACACAGUUUCAAAGAGAUUACCAAAUCAGGAGUUGGUUUAAGACAAAUCCCUAUGGUAUCAAGACUUGAGGAUGAAACAGAUCUUCAACAACAAUCCAACUUUCAGAAACUUUCCUCAAAAUCAGAAAUUAAUACUCAGUUCAGACAUUGUGUGAAAAAGAUUUCUAGAUUAGAAUCUAACUUAAAACAUAGCCCUGCACUAUCAAAUUUUGAAAAGGAAUUAAAAGCUCAACAGGAUUCCGACUUUCAAAAAGCCAUUAUAAAAACAGAAAAUAAAACCUCUAGGUAUAGCAUAAAAGAAGCUUCCAAACCAAUGGGUAAUUUACAACAUACCCUUACAGUACCAAAAACUGAAGAUGAAUUAGAACUUCAACAGGAUCCCAACAUUGAGAAAGCUGUUACAAAAACAAACAAUAAAACUUCUGGGUAUAAUGUAAAAGAAGUUUCCAAACCAAGGGUUAGUUCAAAACAUAGUCAUAAACUAUCAAGAUCUGAACGUGAAUUAGAACUUCAUCAGGUUUCCAACUUUAAGAAAGCUGUUACAGAAACAGAAAACAAAACUUAUAAGUAUAGCAUAAGAGAAGCUUCCAGACCAGUGGGUAGUUCAAAAUAUGUUCAUACAGUAUCAAGAUAUGAAGAUGAACAAGAACUUCAACAGGAUCCUAGCUUCGAGAAAACUGAUAUGGAAACAGAAAAUAAAACAUCUAGGUAUUGCAUAAGAGAAGUUUCUAAGCCAGUGGUGAGUUCAAAGCAUGGUCAUGGACUGUCAAGAUUUGAGGAUGAACUUGAAGUGCAAGAAGAUUCCAGUGUUGAGAAAGCUGCUACAAAAACAGAACAUAAAACUUCUGGGUAUAAUGUAAAAGAAGUUUCCCAACCAGUGGUUAGUGCCAAAUAUAUCCAUACAGUAUCAAGAUUUGAAGAUGAAACAGAACUUUAUCAGGGAUCAGAUGACUCACAGGUUUCAGUAAAAGAGAAGACUGAUGCUUCUGUCGGACAGAGUAAAAAGUUUGGGAAAGAAAAUUGCCGAUCAGAGCACAAAUUUAAAAAGUCUAACUUUUCACAAAUUGGAGAGCAAAAAGAUAGGCAAGUCUCUCCUAAACAGCUAAGUAAAACCUCUGAUGAAGAUAUUUUGGCUAGCCAAAGCAAGAAAGAAUAUUGGAAAUCAGAAACCCACCUGAGAUAUGUAUCUGAAGAUUCAAAAUGUGAAGGUGAACAAGCCAAGCAGAUUAGCAACAAUCAGAAAGCUCUUGUAAAAGGUGUUAGUACUUGCACAAAACGAAAAAACAUAGCAAAAGACAGGUGCAUUUCCUCCACUUCAUCUAAUGCACAAAGUGAUGCUGCAGAGAAGUUUCUGAAUUUCCAGAGGACAGUUAUUGUGAAACCCUCACCAGAACCAGUGUUUAUGGAUGAUUCAGAAACACAUCAACAGUGUAUGGAGUACAAGAAAGAGCUUUCAGCUGAAAAUGAUUGGUCUGACAUGGAGGAUGGAGAAUCACUGGUUACUUUUUCACAAGAAGAUUCCAUCCCUAAACAACAUACUUCAGAAACGAUGGAAACAUCAGUAUCAACAACAGAAUUUGUGAUGUAUCCUCCUCAUUUGUACAGUCAGAAAAUGAACGAUUAUGCAAAAUAUUGGACAAGCAAUCCAAAGCCAACACAUUCUUUUUCAAGCCCCACUGAAAACACUUCAUAUUCCAAUAAUCUUUGUGAUAUUUCUUUAGAUACCCCAAUAAAUUCAUCAAAGGGUAGAAAACGUUCAGUGGAAAGUAUGCAAGAGAGAGUGUGGUCAUAUGGUUCUCUAUUAGACUGUAAAGAAAAAAACAGACACCGGAGUAUGGAAAUAGGAACAUAUGUUCCUGUCUUCUCUUCAUCACGCAAGUCAGACUCUUUCAUUAAUAAUUGUGUAAACCAGGAUUUGCCUAGGAGAUUGCCCAAAUAUUUACAAGAAGGAUUUAUUGAUACACACUGCCAUUUGGACAUGUUAUAUUCAAAAACAGCUUUCAGAGGCACUUUUUCUGAAUUUAGGAAAACAUAUAGUAGCACCUUUCCUGAAGAAUUUCAAGGCUGUAUAGCUGACUUUUGUGACCCUCGUACUUUGAACAACAACUUAUGGGAAGAUUUAUUAAAGGAAGACAUGGUUUGGGGGGCAUUUGGCUGCCAUCCCCACUUUGCUCGUUAUUACACAGACCUUCAUGAAAGAAAUCUCUUGCAGGCAAUGAGACACCCCAAAGCUAUUGCCUUUGGCGAAAUAGGACUGGAUUACUCUUAUAAAUGUACUACAGAAAUCUCAAAGCAGCAUAAGGUUUUUGAGAGGCAACUGAAUCUAGCUGUUUCCUUAAGGAAGCCAUUGGUCAUUCACUGCAGAGAUGCUGAUGGUGAUCUGUUAGAAAUCAUGAAAAAAUGUGUACCAAAAGACUACAAAAUACACAGGCAUUGUUUCACUGGCAGGUAUAGUGUCAUUGAACCACUUUUAGACUACUUUCCAAAUCUAACUGUUGGAUUCACAGCAUUGCUGACUUACCCAUCAGCAAACGAGGCUAGAGAGUCUGUUCGAAAAAUCCCAUUAAGUAGAAUAGUGGUAGAAACAGAUGCACCUUAUUUCCUUCCUCGGCAGGUGCCAAAAAGUGCAAGCCAGUUUUCUCAUCCUGGAGUAGCUCUGCACACAGUGAAAGAGAUUGCCUAUCUCAAAGAGGUGUCAUUACCUGCCAUGUUAGCUACUCUAAGGCGAAACACCAACAAAAUAUAUGACUUGUAAGAAGCUGCAAAAGAGAAGGGGAAGAGCUGAAGAGGAAAUGCUUCUGACUUAAAAAACUGGAGCCAACUAUUGUGAUUUUUGUCCAACCUGAACAGAUAAGAGCACUCCAACUAACAUCCCGGUUGUCUGAAAGAUAUCCCAGAUCACUCACCUGUACAGGUAAAGCAAACUGUUUUGAAGAUGUUACUAAAAAUGAAAAUAUGGUACCAACUAGCCUCUCACAUAAACCCAUAUGUAAAUUAUUAAUUUUAUAAAGUUGGUACAUGUGGUAAGCAUUGCAUAUCUUAAUGUGUUCCAUGUAAAGGGAUUAUUCUAUUGAGUUAGUAGUUUUAUUAAGUGAAGAACAACGAAAGUAAAUAAGAUUGAGACUUGCAUGUGAGGAAACAGAAAUAACAGGUGGAAAGAUUCUUACCAAAUGUUUCCUAUAUGAAUCAGUAGAAAGAUGGUAUUGAAAGCUUUUAUAAUCUAAUCAGUAACAUUUGCUUUGUGCAUGUAACAUCUUUUAAUCCAAGUAAUACUUGACAUUUUUUGGAUUAAAAGAAUAUAUUCCAAUGAUGCAAAAAACAAAGACAAGGGAGAAAGCAUUUUAAUUUGGAAUGGGGUCAGUUUUUGACAGAACUGAUUGAAUUACUUACAUUUUUAAAGCAUGUAUACCAAGCAUUGAAUAAAGUCCUUUAUGGAUAAAAAGUUACACAUUGAAGGAUAUACAAGUUAUUGUCUCACCACUGUGCUCCAAAUGUCAUCCUUCUGAACCAUACAAUGCUGGUUGAUAAUAUUUGAAAAUCCAAUUAAAUGUUUAUACUCUGGGAAAAUGUAUUUGAGAUACUACAUGAUAAAAUAAGCAUUUAUUGAUACUGAAGCAGCCUGAGUCUGGACUUUUUCUUCCCUUCCCUUCCCUUUUCUUUUCUUUUUUCUUUUCCUUUCUCAGCACCAGUAUGAUGCUGUAAUAUUGAGUGAUGUAAGAGCUGAAAGCUAAGGCUGUUGAGGCAAGAACUAGCAGGAUCUAGGCUAAAUAGAGCUGUUAUGUCAACAUAGUGACACUAAGAGCCACUAAGAGACCUGCCAAUAUCCAUUAGUUCACAAUGGUAGGAGGCAAAAGCCUAGAGUGUAUACUUUACAGCAUAGAUAUGUAAUAUAUUUGAUUACUUUGCACUGCUUUGCUGAAGGCUUCAUUCUUGUCUCCACUAAAGAUUAGUCUAGCCAAAUUGGGUCUGGAGUCUUUUGCUGAGAACUAAAUUAAGGGUUCAGCAUUUGGAGAUCAGAAAUGUACUGUUCAUCCCUGGUGUGAGGCCUGACAAGUGGAGGAAAGACGAAGAAACUGACAUUCCCUGGUUAGAGUCUUAGGGCUCAGACCUGGAAAUAGUGAGGUUUGAAACAAAGGAAAUAUAGGGAAUGCAAAAAGUGAUAAUUAUUAUAUUACAAGCAGCCAUUGAUAAAAUUGUUGUUGGACAGUAACUCAGGUACUCUUACAUUGGUAAGGUGAUUAACCCAUACAGUGUGCUUAAAGAAAAAGGCUUGAUUGAAGCCACAGGAAUUGAAUUUGCAAUGAAUUCUUGCUUAUUCCAUUAAUAAUGAUGGUUAAUCUUUAAGACUCUUUACUGUUAUUCCUGUAAUAGACAAACAUGGCUAUCUUUCAGGAAAUUACUCCCACUUUUCAUGUGACCAAAAGCUGAAGAAUGGAUAUGUAGCAUAUAAAUGGUGCUGAGGAAAUACAUAUCAAAAUAUCUCUGCUAUUUUUGAAGCUGUUUUUAAAGCAAUAUAAUCAUAAGGUUAGCAAAAAUGCCUUCUAUCCAGAAAUAAAGGUAUGUUUGAAUUAUUUAUCAUUUAUUCAUUUUAUUACAUUUAGAGACUGCUCAACUUGAGACGACUGUGGGCGGCUUAUGUUAUAAAAUAAAACAGUAAAAAGAGAAAGAAAAAUCAUGAAAAAUCCUGAGUAUCUGAAAGGACAAACCCGGGAUCCCUAAAACAGCUCCAAGAAAAACAGUCAGGGCCUCAGCAGCCACACUGUACUCCCAGGCCUGGGAGCAAAGCCAAGUGUUCAAUGACUUUCAGAACCCUGUCAGGAAUCUCUGUAGAGGGAUGCUAUUCCAGAGGGCUGUGCUUUCCAAGCAAAGAGUCCUUUGAUGUUUCUACCCUCCAGGCCGAAAAUAACGCAGAGAGGUGGCUAUUUAAAUAAAAUUCUAAGCAAAUCAUGGAAGCUCUGGACAAAAUUUACCAAAUAAACCUGACCAUUUGUGAGGCUGUGCUAAUAAACAUAAAACUCAAUUUGUGCUGCAAUGCAGCAUAACCUUUCUAUAAUUCUUUGAGCUAGAAGUUGUCUAGGAAAUGUAUAGCAUUAUUUCGUGGUUUCAUGGCAACUAAUUGAUGAACUGCACAAUCUCUUUUGGGUGUGGGGUUUAGGAACUCUUAUUCUCGCUUGAAUCUCAGGCUAAAAGCUACUUGCUAGAAGGAGCUCUUCCAUAUGGAAAACUCUGGAUCCAAGCUUUGAUACCAAAGGCAGUGUACCACCGUUGCAAGUAUGUGAAAUUGCAAAGAGAAAGGUAUUCCUGUCAUGUUGUAGCUAGCCUUCUUUGCAUUGUUUGUUUUCACCAUUCUUAAAUCUAUCAACAAGAAGCGCUCUAAACUUGCAAUGGAGAAUGAACAUGUCUUACGAAAAUCUAAUUGAACAGGAUAUAGUACAGAAAUUAUAAAAAUUUCUUUUAGAAAACCUGUACCAAAAUAUGUUAAAAUGGGAUAUUAAGUAUACCACAAGUAUGAUAUUUUACUAGAUGAUUUAUGUCCAUUGAGUAAACAUUGACUAUUGCUGCCAAACAAAGAAAAUAUUAUUUUCCCUUGUCACAAAAAAGACCACUGCUAUUAUUUUGUACAGAAAUUGUGAAAUGUCUAUUCAUUUACUCUCCAAUUAUUUAACAAGUUUCACUUGCUGAGAUAUUUUGCUUUCAUUCUGUUUUUAUCUGCUGUUAUUGUAUUUUCCAUUGAUUGUUUAAUUUUGCUUUCAUAUUGUAUAUGUAUAUUAUUAUUAGCCAUUUGGAUAUUUAAUGCUUUAUAUAUAGGAUAUAAAUUUAUAACAAUUAAAUAUUUAAAACCAAUGCACACUGUAUAAAAAACUUUACAAGGCUGACAAUUAUUUAUUCAUCCUAUCUUGCACUUACUUAAAGCUGCAGUCCUACCACACUUCCCAGGGAAUAAUUCCUACUGAGUACAAUGGAAUUUCUGUAUCAACUUAUGCAGAUUUGCUUUGUGCUCAUAGCUCUUGAUAGUUGCUGAAAUACUAGUUCUGAUGUUCAUAAGUUUAAACAUAUGUCACUGAUUGUGUUUCCUCAUACUGGAGAUGUUUGUGUAGAGAGUAAAGAAGAUGACCUUGACGGAGAUAUGUGAGCUCUGUUACCAAAGCAACAAGUAGUAAAACAUAUCUUAAGUCCACAACAGGCAGAUACUGUUCACAAGCAGCUUGUAAGGUUUUGUUAUUAUGUCCAAUCUCAAGAAAAGUAGUUUUAGCCUUCCUGUGGAAUUGAUUUCUCGGCCUGGUCUACCUAGUGGGGCUGACAUCGAUCUUGCAAGUCUUGUUGUGCUGUACAUCCUCCCCUUCUUAUACUUCAGUGAAUUAGGGAGGUGUUUGAGCUGUUUACAAACACUAAUUUAAAUUUAAUU